AUCUACACCGCCGCAUGCUACAUCGCCACGUGCAAUCGACGCCAUGACUAGUGUGGUCGAUUCAGAGGCACACCUGUCGAGAAGGUGCGAUGAGACCGGGCUCAGCGCCACGUCAAAGGCAAACCUCUUAGCUCUUUACAAAACUCUGGGGCAACUGGGUUUUGCGUGCGGCCAGCCGGGCACACCACUCAUUGAUGCAGAAUUCCAAACGUUUGCGCAGAACACCUUGGGUGCACUGGCUUCGUUGAGCGACAUCUCGGUGUUGAAACGGCUUCUGUUCGAGGCGCAUACAUUGACCUUAGCGCAGCUGCGGGAAACCGUUACCAACCCGGAUGCACCAACGACACGCAAACUCCCGCCCGUGGAGCGUGAGGCAAAGAUGCGUCAGCUGAAGGCAAGGUUGACAGGAGUUGUGAUAGAGAGACAACUCGAACCUAGCUACGAACUCCUGGACAGCGUUGUGCAGCAGUGGGAAUCAAGGCAACUCAGAUAUCUGACGCCGGAAAAGUGCUCGAGUAGAGAAUUUGAAGUGACAAUGUCCAAAUCGUCAAGGCAAAUCUCUCUGGACGCCGACAAGAUGGUUGUGAAGGAGUCGAAGACGACGCCUGACCAGUUCGCAGGCACUGAGAUGUUGGUCUUCGAGGCGUUGAGGAGGAGAGGGAUUGCUUACGCCUUCGCAGAUGUGAUCAGCUGGCAGACACACGAACGGUACCUACAGAGCUUGUUCAGUCACCUGAGGAAUGACCCUCCGGCUGGCUAUAACAAGCCCACACUCCAGCAAGUGCCCAAGGCCGACCGUCAGACCUUCAUGAAGUUGAUUCAAGAUGAUGUUCCAGUGAGGCGAGACUCCAUGAAUGUGUUGGCUCUCGACAAUCAGCUGUUGGCGGCGUUGUCCUCCUAUGAUGUCGGCUUCCAUUUGUUGCCGCUGCCCAAGCCCGCCGGUAAGGGCGAUCGUGGCUGGCCCAAAGGCCAAGGUGAGAAAGGUGAUCAUUGGUGGACAAGAGGGCAUGCAGAUGGUCAUCGCGAUCAGCCGUACACCAAAGGCAAAGGCAAAGGAAAGAGCAAACACAAGAGCAAGGACAGACCCAACCUGCUUCCCAAGGAGCUGCAGCACAAGGAUAAUGUCUCGACAGAUGUUCAUCAGCGCCGGUUGUGUUUCAACUACAAUAUGGGCAAAUGCCAGGACGCACCGGACGGAGGUCAGUGCAACAGGGGCCACCACUUUUGCGUGCGCAAAGGCUGUCACGCCCCACACCCGGUAUCGCAACACAAUGUAGCUGACAAGGAGUGACUAGGUGGUCACUUUGAACUACUGGCAGCAGAGAGCAUAGAUGUUUCACAGUGCUUCGUGAUUGAGAUCUUCGCAGGGACAGCCAGAGUUAGUGCAUGUUUAAGGCAGCUUGGCAUGGUCAGUUCCUUUGGAGUCGAUCACAUUCGGCACAGACAGGCAUGUGCGCCAGUUUCCAUCAGUGACUUGAGCAGCCCAAAGGGCCAAAAGUUGUUUUGGACCUGGCUUCAGAGUAAAUAUGUUGUAGGAAUUUUCUUGGCACCACCUUGCGGAACUGCAUCCAGGGCUAGGCAAAUCCCUCUAAAGAGAACCCAUCAGCAGGCCUUCGGGCCUUCGCCCCUCAGGACGGACGCCUCUCCGAAUGGAGUCCAAGGUUUGUCUUGGGUAAACAAAUUAAAAGUAUCACUUGCAAACAAGUUGUAUCACUUCACUGCUCAAGUAGUGCAAUGGGCCAUUGAUAGGGACAUUCCAGUGUGUGUGGAGAAUCCUCAGCAUUCGUUGUUUUGGGCAACGUCUUUUUGGCAAACAGUCGCUGGUGCCAUGCGCUAUACAGUCUUGCACACAUGCAUGUUUGGUAGCCCAAGGCAAAAGAAGACAAUGCUUGCUCACAACGCGCCUGAGUUCAACAGCCUCGCAAUCACUUGUAUGGGCCAGAGCUCAUCCCACACGCAUCUGCCCUGGGGAAUCACCCCCAGGGGCUUUGCGACAGCAGAGGAGACCGCGUACCCGAUGCCGCUGGCACGCGCUAUUGCCAACUGCUUCGUCUUGAUUGCUUGCAAUAGAGGCAUUCAGCCUCUACCCUCCACACUUCAAGAUGUCCAGCCAUUGUCUCUUGACGCGCUGCGCGCAAUGCGAGCUCAAGCCGGUCAGCAGCCUAGAGCGACCAAGAUCCCACCUAUUGUGCCCACCUACGCUACUAAAAUCCAUGUUUCCGGCCUGCCCGAUGACCUUCCCCACGCCGUGUUGUUCCACUCCCUGGCACAUCCUUUGACUCUCCGUAACCCCAUUGGCACCUUAGUCCUGCCGAAAGGUGCCAAGUUAAGUUCGGUCCAACCCAAAUCCAUCUUUAAAGGGGGUGAAGUCUUUGCGGAUUGUAGGUGUGUCCCGAUGAUAGCUAGGGAAGCCCAACUGGAUAACAGUCCUGUUGUCCAGACUUGGGGCAUACCAUGGACAGAGGCCCAGUUCGUCGAACAAGCAGCGAAGCAUGGACACCCCGCCAAACUUGAUGCAAUGUUGCCAUCAGCUUUGAGACAGGCCAUAGUUCGUUUUCAGCAAUCAACACCAGGCCAAAGGUGUACAGCUAGGGCCAAGAAAUUGAGUUUUUUGGUGUAGCAGAGCUCGUGAGCUCGUACAGCCAGAACGAGAGUUCAAAGAAGCAAUGCCACCUUCGGUCAAAAAGGUUUUGGCUGGAAAAAGAAUCCUACUGUGGAAGGAGAUGCUGGAGUCAGUUGACUACCCCGACAUGGGAGUAGUCAACGAGUUCGCCGCUGGGAGCAUGCUCACGGGGGAAACCGAGACGACAGGCCUGUGGCCAGCUAAGUUUGUGCCUGCCCAGAUGACCGAGAGUGAUUUGUUCGAACUCAGUGCCAGGGAUCGACCGGCCCUUUCCUCGAAGUCACUUGCGGGCAUGGAUGAUGAAGUUGCGCUAACGGUUUGGGAACAAACAUUGCAGGAGGUGGACGACGGUGUGUUGGAAGGCCCUAUGCCUCUGCACACUGUUCCUGACCACCUCCCGCUGAGCCGCCGAUUCGGGGUCAAGCAGGGAUCCAAGAUUCGUAACAUCGAUGAUUUUUCCCAGUCAGGUGUGAACGGAUGUGCUCAAACGACCGAGAGCCCGAAGCCACAUAAUCUAGAUGUAGUGUCAAGCCUCUGCUUAGCACUCAUGAACUCUAAAGUAGCCUCCUCCAGCCCAGAGUGGAAAUGUAGGUCUUUUGAUCUGAAAGGUGCUUACAGGCAGUGUGCCGUCCACCCAUCAGCAUCUCGGUUUGCGCACAUUGUUGUUAGGAACCCCGGUGAUGAUACCUUGUCGGCGUUUCGCAUGAACGCGCUGCCCUUCGGUAGCGUCAGAUCAGUGCACUCCUUCCUUAGGGUGGCGCACAGCAUCUGGUACCUCGGAGUUGAACUUUUUGACAGCUUGUGGUGUGGGUAUUUCGACGACUUCAUGGCCUUCGGACUGUCAGAAGAAUGUUCAUCCGUCACGGACACCAUCCACAUGUUGUUUGACCUGAUCGGAUGGAAAUUCGCUCGAUCCGGUGAUAAGGCAUCGCCCUUCUCCAGCACCAUGAAGGCGCUGGGCGUGAUGAUAGAUGUGUCGAACAUGUCAUCAGGCCUCGUUCUGUUCGAUAACACACCUAUGCGCAAGUCGGACCUCAUCGAAUCGCUCGACAAAGUCAUUAAGAAAGGCUCCCUACCGCGACACGAGGCACUCAGACUGCGGGGGCGACUUCAGUUUGCCUCUGGGCAGAUCUUUGGCAGAACAGCUAGGUCGUGCUUAGCAGUCUUGACGUCCCAUGCCUACAGUCCCGUAAGUAGUAAGCUCUCCAACUCUGCCCUUUCAGCCCUUGAGACCCAUCGGCGCUUGUUGAACUCCAACAUUCCUCGUAAGAUCUCUGCCAGAGCUUCUCGAACUUGGUUUGUGUUCACUGACGCCAGCUAUGAGACCACCGACGGUGUGCCUCACUCGGGUCUGGGCGCUGUGCUUUGUGAUGAGCAAGGACGGGUAUGUAGGUUCAUGUCUGAGCGAGUGCCUUCUGACUGCCUCAUGUUUUUGAAUCCGGCUAAGAAGAAGACGAUAAUCUUUGAAUGUGAGUACGUUGCUGUCUGGUGUGCAUUCGACUUGUGGAAACAAUUCAUUGCUGGGCAGCAUAUAAUCUUAUUCAUUGAUAACAACGCCGUCAGGGACUCACUCAUUAGCUGCCAGACCACUAGUGGCAUCGCGCACGGCGUAAUGUCACGGAUCUUAGAUUUCGAGCUUAAGGCUAAUCUUUUUCCGUGGUACGCCAGAGUACCCACAGAAAGUAACAUAGCAGACGGGCCUUCUCGUGAUGAUUUAGCCCUACUCACACAGCUUGGUGCACAACGUGACACUUGUCAGCUGCGGUCAGUCUUCAGUGGCCUGGGCUUUAAAGGGGGGUGACGAAGGCUCAGGCAACUGAAGACCCCAGCUGGAAAAAA